AUGUAUACAUACAUAACUUGUCAUUGUUGCUUAUUCUCUUAUAGUCAGAACGAAUAUACCCCACCCUUGAGCGAAUAUACAGAGUUCGCACACAAUAAGACACCAAUAACAGCUAACAAAUCAUGGACUGCAGACCACACAUCCACCAGCAGUAAUAGCAGUACAAAUAUUCCAACAGACAGGCUGUCAAAUCACAGUUCACCUGUUCAAUCUGGUUCUUUCCGCAGUCGGGAUCAAAAGAUAGACACUCUGGGUUUUGUUAAAUUCAUGCCUGGUGUAGGAAAAUUUGAAGACCUUAAAUCAGAAGCCAUUAAUUCAUGGGAAGAAGGUGUUGACCUGAAGCUCAAGAAAGACUCAAAAUCCAAAAAGCGUUCAGAAUGGCUUUCCCCAGGCGAUUUCUUUUCUUCAAAUACAGAUUUAUUUGCUACCAAUAUACCAGAAGAACAAAAGCCGGACGAAACAUACGCUGAAGCUGUAGACAGAAAAACACCUGCUUGGGCUAUUGAAGACAACACAUCCUCGACUCUUUAUGAUACUAGCUACAGUAUGGCGCAUUCCUCCUCUUCUUUAGGUAUGUGGCCCUCCGAUACAAACCCAGCUUCCAAUACGCAUCAAAUGGUACCUGUUGUCAUGAUGCAUUCUGGACAUCCUUAUAUGCCUAUGCCUGCUAAUAGUUAUGCUAACAACACUCCUGCUACUUUCACUGCUCCAGUAGCUAUACCUAAUAAUUUCGACAUUGAAUAUGCACUGUUCUUUAUUUCCAUCAUUGAAAACCCUAAACAAGAGAAUUUGAUAGCAUCUUUUCACAAAAAACUCGGCUAUAUAUUACACAACAAGUUACCUGAAUUAACUCCUCGUACCUUUGGAUUCUUGCUUGAAUCACUUGUGAUUGCUAUGGAAUCUAAACCAAUACAUGACAAACAGACAGUAGACAUCGCUCACAAGAUUUGGGAAGCCUGGAGUCCGUUUAAGAUACAUUUUAUGCGAUUUAUCAACACAUAUGCCUAUACACCUUCUGACUUGAGGCUGAUGCUUCGAUUCAGUACCAUAUUAGUUCAAUCUACACUUCGUUUUGAACAAGAGUUGCCCAUUAUGGACUAUAUGGGCAUCUACAAAAGAAUAGGCAAUAUUGUUGCACUAGAAUCUAAGACAGAAAUGUUUGAAUGUUUGCGUAUCCUAAAAGCCCUUCCUCUUAAAGAAGUUACGAAGGGCAGCUUAUGUACUGACGAUCUGAUGUUUACAUUACCUUUGAUACCUAAUGCUAAAUCUAUCAUGUUCGAAACCAUGGGCAAGAUAAACUAUUUAAAGGAAUACGAAAAGCUAUAUCAGACUGUGAUUACAAACCAAACAAAUGACUCUUGGAUUGAAGACAUCCUCAACUAUCUUAUCACCCAAUUCUUAUUGUUGAGAGAAGAAAUGGUUGGACCUGCCAAAAAGGCGAUUCAAGAUUUGCUUGAAGAAAGCUCAACAUCUGAAAUGAAAUACCCUGUCUACCCAAAUACGACACCAAAGGCUUUCACUAUCUUACUUCAUUCUUCUGGGCCUGGUGUUGUGUUUGAGUUAGGUAACAUGCAAGACACGGACGAUAUCAUGGCUGAUUUUGAAGAAGGUGUCUUGGUUCUGUUAUUACCUGAAAAAAGUGAAUCUGAAUCAACAGCUUCCAAAAGUGUUAAAGAUACUGCUUUAAUGGGUCAAGCUAUUCGCGCCAGUGCUCGAUCCAAUGGUCCUAUACUCCGUCUAGUGUCUAUUCAGAUCAACAAGAAUGACUUGCGUAAACUCAAUUGGGACAUCAAAUACACCAUGAUUGUAUUUCGAAUCAAUGCUGCCAGCACGCUCUCUACAUUAGAAUGGUUAUACAAGUCUUGCUUCAAUAUGGAGAAAAAGCACUUUUCAAAAGUACUUACGCCCCGUAUCUUGGCUGCCUCAAAUAACUUGACAACUGGCCAAAUUAAAGCUUGGGAUGAGUCUGUCUUGGAGAACGCAUUGGCCAUCAAUGCAGAUGCUACACCCUACUAUAUUGUAGAUGCAGAGAUUGAUGUUUCGUGUAUUAUGGCAAAUUCUCAUGGUAACUAUCGUGCUUGUCCAGGAAAAGAUAUCUGGCCUCGUGAUCCUUUGAAUAUGCAAAAUAUUCCUACAACUAAACUGCCGCCUUUUUACUGCUUGUCACCUAGCCAGUUGGAGUCUGUCAAGUUUGCCAUGUCGCAUCGUAUUGCUAUUAUCUCAGGUGCGCCAGGCACUGGGAAAACAUUCAUGGCUGCUAAAUUGGCUCAAUUGUUGGGGGAAGUACUGACUGUGGGUCAGUUCCAUCAACCGGUGCUUGUGAUUGCCAAAUCACAAUCUACGCUUGACGAUAUUCUCUCUAAGGCUGCUGCCACCAUUCCUGGUAUUGUUCGUUUCGGUAAUGAGCCUUUUGCAGACAAUUUGAUGAACAAACAAAUCACUCGACUUGCCACUAUUUCUGCCUCUGACCAAAACUAUCGUCAGCAUCAACAAUUAGAGCGUCAAUUGUUACGUAACCAAGCUAAGCUGAAUAUUUUGUUGGGACUUCGUGCUCAAGCCAAAGAUCAUGACCCUUCAUUUUUAGCAACCACUAUUCCACCCCAGUAUCGUCAAAUGCUUGAAAAGGAUUAUAUUCGGACACAUGGAGUAGAAAGCCAUAUCUCUGAUGUUGGUAUUUGGACCUCUUGGGCUCAUCAUGACAAGCGAACUAAAAUGUUUGACUCUGUGACUAAAGUGGGUUAUACUCAAUUCAAGUGUGCACAAUGGUAUCUAGAAAACGAGUAUAUCAAGCGAGCAGGUCGUGGCUUGUUGCCUAUCAUGGAUGGUCAUACUAUCAAGAAUAGAUUCACUAAUGUGGCCAACUUGUCUGUUCAUGUCACCUCGAUUGCUAAUGCAAGCUGUUGGCCAUUUGAUCAAUCCGCCAGUUAUUCAGGUGCUAUUGUUCGUGAUGCAUUGAUGAAGGAAUGGAGAAAGACGCCUGUAGACCGCAUCAACUACCUCUCUGAUAAAGAAAAGACAGAUCUGAUUCAUCGCCUUGUCAAUGUGCUUGUGAAUCGUAUCGACAAAGAAAUCCAAGGUGUUAUGCAAGACCAAAUCCAGACAGCAGAGGCACAUGACGAUAAUUUAAUACAGAAAUGGAUCUAUAUGUGCCGAUUUAAGCGAGUGAUUGGUAUGACUGCAGCUAAUGCUAGUGCUCAUCGCAACUUUAUUGCUAGCCUUUGGCCGCGCGCUGUCAUUGUGGAUGAAGCAUCCGAGAUUCUGGAGUCCACUUUAUCGUCUGUUAUUUUGGGUCCUCGCACAGAACAUGUUGUGUUGCUGGGCAUAAGUGAUCACCUGACAAAACCUUGUGUGGCUAAUCCUGAAUUAGUGGGUGAACCUCACCGUCUUGAUACGUCCUUGUUUGAGCGAUGGAAAUCAACUAAUAUCGAAAAGGCUCAUUUAGAGGAACAAUGGCGUAUGCAUUCUGAGAUUGCAAGCGUGAUUCAUCAAUUCGAUAAUAGAAAUAACAACACAGCGCCUUUGGCUUCUUGUGAUGAAAAUAUGGUGGAUGGCAAAUAUCCUGCAAGAGAGGCUUUGUAUGGUAUUUCAGAACGGGCCUUGUAUAUUCACUAUCAACCAUCAGCUAAGGAUGAUGUUAUUAACCCGUAUUAUAAGCGUUUAUUGAUGUCUGACGUGACCAAUGCCCAAGUAAACGAAGCCCGCUAUGUAGCUUCUCUCGCCACUUAUUUGAGCCAGCAACCUUAUCAAAAAGCAAGCAUCGCUAUCCUGACACUCAAUGUUUUACAGAAAUACUUGAUCCGAAUGAUCCUAAAAGACGAAAUUCCCAAACGUACUUGCUUCACCAGUAAUCUCAAGAACAUUGCCCUUGAUACUGUUGAGCAAUACGCUGGCAGACAAAACUCAUUCACCAUUAUUUCUACUGCCACACCUGGCUAUUCUUGUAGCACAUUGGACAAUGUCACUCAAGCAUUGACUCGUGCCAAAUAUGGACUUUUUAUUAUUGGUAAACCAGAACAAGAUCGGGUACAUCCUCGCUGGAAAGAGUUUGCCAACUAUAUGCAAGACCGUGGCCUUUACGGCAACUCGAUUCGUCUCACAUGUCAUGCACACGGUGAUACAAUUAAUGCAGGUUGCUGGCAAGACUUUGUUCAAAUGAAGAAUGGUGGCUGUCAGCGCCCGUGCAAUACAUUGAUGAGCGAUAGCCAUACCUGUAAAGAAGAAUGCCAUUUUUUGAGCCAUGCUGAAGUAGUCUGCAGAGAACCAUGUAAUCGAAUUCGACCCUCUGGUUGUACACACGCUUGUCUUAAAAAAUGUUAUGAAUGCUCAAAGGAUCGCGUUUGUCCUCCAUGUACAGAAAAAACUGAAAUUGUAUUACCAUGUGGGCAUCAAAUGCAAGGUCUCUGCCAUAUGUUACAAGGCGGUAAUGGCCAAAAUAUUCAAUGCAAAGAAAUUGUCAAUAUCGAUUUAACCUGUGGACACAGCAAGACAAUCCAUUGUUAUAGAGCCCGUGAUAAGAAGGUGGCCAAUUUAAAAUGUGAUCUCAAGCAGUCAGUGACAUUGGAUUGUGGACACACCGUUACGAGUCAAUGUGGUAUUGAGCCUAUUUGUAUAGAACCUUGCAGUCAAUCAUUGGAAUGUGGACACAAGUGUCAAGGAAUAUGUGGCAUUCCCCAUUUACAUGAUCGAAGUCAGUGCAUAGCUAGUUGUGCCAAUCCUGAUCAGCACACAGAACGCUGUGUUGAAAAGUGUAAUUAUGUUUGCUCUCAUGGCUAUAAGUGCAGUAGAGAAUGUUUUAAGGACUGUAUUCGUUGUAUCAGUGAAUGCCCUUACCGUUGCGAUCAUUACAAAUGUACCAAGAAAUGUUAUGAGAUCUGUGAUCGUCCUCCUUGUAAUGAACCUUGUCGUAUCAAGCUAGAAUGCGGCCAUAAAUGUGCUGGUUUAUGUGGUGAAAACUGUCCGCCCUGUAUUGUUUGUAAUGGCGACCUUAAAUGCUCUAUUACACUUCGCGAAUUGUCCGAAUUUGAAAAGGGCGAAAAGGCCUAUCAACUCCCUGAAUGUGGUUGUGUGUUCUCUGUAGAAUCACUUGACAUGUAUUUCGAGACACAAGUGAAGAAUGGUCAACAUACAGCCAUUAAACUCUGGCAGUGUCCUAAAUGUCAAAAGCCCACUUAUACAGCACUGCGCUAUAACAAAUACAUCAAGACUGAAGUUGCUCUUGUGAACACUAUAAAGGUCCGCAUGGAAAAAGAUCGUCAACAACUCACAUACCACGAAAGAGAGCAAAUAAUUAGUGCUAUGAAUGAUGAGACACGACAUCACGCUGUCUACAAUAUUGUUGGUGGUCGCUGGUUUGUCUGUCGAAAUCAACAUCCUUAUUACGUCGGAGAUUGUGGUGGUGCAACAGAAGUGUCAAAAUGCCCUGAAUGUGAUGCACCAAUUGGAGGAACAGGACAUCGAGUAGUUGAGUCAAAUAGGUUUUAUGGUGAAUUUGAUGGAUCUAAAAAACCAGCAUGGCCAGGACAACCUGAAUAA